GCGAGUGUGCCUCCGACCACUAGCUACUACCUCAUGUCUGUCUCGAUCUCUACACCAAUCGCCAUGAAACAUCCUCUCAGUUUCUUCACCAGCUAGCUCGUAUCACAAGACCUCGAUCGAUCGAGUUGGCCGGCCGCCGGAAGGAACCAACCCAUCGAUGGGCAAGACGAGCACCGUGUCGUCGUGUCUGUGCUGCCCGUGCCGGUGCCUCUUCUGCGGCCUGCUGAGCUGCAUCUUCAGCGUCCUCGCCACCAUCCUCGUCAUCACCGGCGUCGUCGUGCUCGCGCUCUAUCUCCUCUUCCGACCGCACCUCAUCCAAGCCACCGUCGCGUCCGCCGACCUCGACGACUUCACCCUCACCCCGAGUACCUGGAUCCUCCGCUACAACCUCUCUGUCGCGCUCUCCGUCCGCAACCCGAACUCCCGGAUCGCCAUCCACUACCAGUCCGUCGUCGCCGAGGCCUACUACCAGGGCCAGAGCUUCGCCCACGCCGACCACCCGGACUUCUACCAGGACACCGGCGAGACCACCGUCGUGCCUCUGGCCUUCGCGGGCGAUCACCCGCUCGAGGGCGGGGUCGCCGCCGCGGGGUUCCGCAAAGAGGCCAUCGACCACGCCUCCUUCUCAGUCGACAUCAAGCUCAGCGCCAAGAUGAAGCUCAAUGUGUGGGCCUUCAGGGUGCCGGGGCCAAAGCCCAAGGUUGACUGCCCUCUCAUCCUCCACCGACGGAACGCCUCCGCCUCCGCGCCCGCCAGCGACGGCCAGCCGGAGUUCCACCCCAUCGAAUGCCGCGUCUGGUUCUGAUUGAUUCAGGCGAUUCAGAUCGCCAGUUGAUUAAAUGUUGUUAGUUAAUUAAAUCUGUAGUAGUUAGAGAUCUGCAUAGUCUACCACUCUCCCAUGCAUCUUGAUUAAUUAAUGGCGACUGAUAGGCGCCGGCGCACCGGCCGAAACUUUCGGCCGGUCCAA